AUGCAUGAUCAUACCAACCAUGUUGUUGCGUCAGAUACGCAGAUGAAGGCCUGGGCUGUCAGCAACAAAGCCGACGGAGCGAUGGCUUUGAUUGGUGCCGAGCUCAGCUCUGGGCAUUGUGUCGCGAAGGUUAUUGCCCUCCUGCCUGUGGUCUGCCGGUCCCUCCGCAUGACACAGGGCGCACUGGGCGCGAUGCACCCGGCAGCGCGCGGGCUUGGCCCGUCGCCCGCGCCGUGCUCCUGUGGCGCCCAUUGUGGGGCCGGCAAGGGAGCAAGGCGGGGGGGAGCGAGGCCGUGGGCCCGGAAAGUUCGUGGAAGGAAGCGAAGUAGCGCCUCAACCUAUUUGGCCGCGGCGUCGCUCUCCCGCUCUAUUGCAAACCAAAGGCCGCGGCGGAAGCGGCCACCGCGCCAGCCCGCCGGCCCCCGUUUAUUGUUUGCCCCCGCCCUGUAGGUUCUGGCCUGUGUGUUUGCCCCGCCCGCGGGGCGAGCAAGCAAGGGCGCGCGCUGACCCCCCUGUGGGCCCGCCCCCUCCGCCGUGGCGCCCGUGAAUUGGGUGGCCCGGGGUGGCCCGCCGUCCCGGCCGGUAGAGUGAGACAGACAGGAGGGGACGUCUCGCGCGCCGUCUGGCCCUCCCAGUAUCUACGUAGUGAAGGGCGCCUUGCCACGAAGUGUGGCGCCAGCAUCCUGGUUGGCUCUUUAGCAAUUUUCUGUUGCGUCGCUAAUUAAGUGCGCCUUCGGCCGGCCCAGCAGGUCGGCGGCCGCACGACUGGAAUGACAUGUGCAAGAGCAGCAGCGAUGGUGGGCAUUUCUAAACUGCACGCGCGUCAAUAAAAUCAUUGCGUUUGUCUUUUGAGAACAGG